GGAACCCCAGACUGACUGUCUCUUUCCGGAAAUUACCGAGUGACGUCCGGCAGUGUUCGGAAUGCUCCGGAGAUGCGCGCGCUCUCCCUGGCUGCCGAACGUCCUGUAUUCGGCGACGCUCGUAUCUCAUGCCGCGCUGCAAUUUGCGGGUUGAGUGUCACGUGACUGGCUGCUCCGUUGUCCGGGUAACGGGAAAGCGAAGCGGCCUGGUACCGGGCUUCAAGCCUAACGAGAGAAGCGAGAUAAACGGCAAGGAGACCGGAGGUCUGCCUGGACCAAUUUGCAAUAUGUGGCACGUCACCUUCUGCAGAAUCCGAAAGUUAGCCUCCCAUAAUUGCUAUGUUUGUUUGAUCUUUGAGUCUGAAUACUUCAAUAAAAUGGUUUAAAAAAAAGUGCCAGGCUCCAAUGGAUCCGAUCUAUACCCCAUGGUACAAAUCCAUCCCAGUAUUACCUACGGACUACGAGAAAAGGAAUUACCGGUCUAGUCUCUCACUGAAGGACUAUAUGCCAUGGCUGUGUAUUUUGACCAUCGUAUAGAAGCUCCGAAUCCUGCAGCUUUGCCUUCCAACAUCUCCUGGCACAGCCACCAUGCUCUGCUAGCUGUGGCUUCUGUAAGCUCCAGCGCUGGCGGUUGUGUGGAUAUCUACAGUGAGCUGGGCGAUCAUGUGAGUGGAUCACCUGUAGAAAGGUCAUACCAACCCACUUUACUCAGCUGGCACCCGAAUAAACGGUUACUCGCUGUGGGCUGGGCCACGGGAGAGGUGACCAUUUUUAAUGAGCCUGACAAAGAGCAUCACCCAGUGCCAUCAGCACAUGGCGCGGAGGUGACGUUGCUGGAGUGGUGCAGUAACAACAGCUGGUUGAUUUCUGGAGACCAUCAUGGUUUGCUCAUCGCGUGGCGACUGGACCAGCGUGGGCGAGUUCAGGGCGUGCCGUCACUGAAGCUGGAGUUCCACAGACCUCUGACGCACUGCCUCUUCAAACCACUGGCUCCUGAGAAGGAUAUGACGCAGCUGGCUAAGGCUGCAGUGAGCGGGGAUGAGAAAGCCUUGGAUAUGUUUAAUUGGAAAAUGAAGGCGGGUACUCAGCAGGAGCUCUCCUUCUUCCUCAGCACAGGAGAUGGCUCUGUACACUGGGUGAAUGAGCAUGGGAAGAACAGUCAGAUAAUCAGCAUGGACAGCCCGACACGCAAAUUGCUCUUCUUGAAGAAGAAAUCGGUUCUAGUGGUGAUCACAGAGAAAUUGCAGCUGUCACAGUUCUUUAUAAGUCCAGAUGGAGAUGCUGAGGAGAUUUCUAAGGUGAAGCUGAGUGGGAGGAUUGGUAAGACUGCUGACAUUAUCUGUGUUGAAAACUCUUUACUGAUUACAGCAACAGGCGAAAGUGUCAUAAGAUUCUGGGAUUUGGAGCGGGAUGACAAUUAUGUGCUGUUUCUGGAUCAGCAACUGGGAUUUGAAACUGAAGAAGUAAUCAACUGCAUUUCUUACUGUGCUGCUAAAGGAACACUGGCAGCAGGAACUAGUAAAGGUCGGGUGGCCAUGUGGCACAAAGUCACUGAUGUACGGAAGUCCUUAAGAACAGAUGGGAAGGACUGCUGGAAACUUAAGACCCCAACAGAAUUGGAUGGCAAUAUAGCACAAAUAAAGUGGGGAUCAUCCAAGAAUCUCUUAGCUGUGAACAAUCUCAGCUCUGUUCUGGUCCUCAGUGAACACGUCAUGUCCUCUCAUUUCCACCAACAAGUGGCAGCGAUUCAGGUGGCACCUUCCCAGCUCAGCCUGACUUACUACAGCACAGGAGUCACCCACAGCUUGAAGACGGAUAUGUACAUAAAAGGGGUCUUCGUCACUAAAGAUUCUGUUGCAGUAUGGAACGGCAAACAGGUGACAGUCUACGAACUCACCGGACCCACCCUGAGGAACGCAGGCUCAUUUGCGUGUGAGUCUCCGGUGUUGGCGGUACACGAGGAGAACAUUUACACUGUAGAGCCUGGUAAGGUCCAGAUCCGCACUCUGCAGGGCACAGUGAAGCAGUUGCUCCCAUUCUCGGUGCCAGAGGGGAACCCGUGUGCACUAGACAUAUGCGGGGGAUUCCUGGUGGUAGCCACUGAUGCUGCUCACUUCAAGCUCUUUGACCUCUCCAGAAGGGAGGCCAAAGCCCACAGCAAUUGUAAAAACCUCUCUGAGCUGGUGCCAGGACUGGGCGGCAUUGUGUCCAUCAGGUGUAAUGCCAAUGGCAGUAAAUGCAGCAUCCUUGCCAACAGGGCUGACAGUAACCUAGAUUCCAAGAUGUACUUCUAUGACGUUGAACUAGAUACAGUAUCCUUUUUCGACUUUAGGAAUGGAGAAGCAGAGCAAGGAGAUUCUCCGUCCAACUUGGACACAAACCUCCCAGAGAAUUCGAAACUUCUGGAUCGCAUCCCUAUCAGCCACUUCUGGGACCAAAGUGAACCACGGCUGCUAGCAUGCGAGGCAGUGCUGGCCGUCGUACAGUCAGUGCACCCAUCACCAAAGCACAACCAGCUCAUGGAGAUAAAUGAUGGAAAGGAUGAUGUGCUGGUCAUGUCAUUUUUCAGCACCCCGGAAUAUGGUCUCUUACUGCAGGAAAGCUAUCCCAGGCCUGCUCCUUUUCAGUCACUUCUCGGCAUUGAGGUCCCGCACUAUUACUUCACUAAGAGGUUGUUAUUCAGGAGGGGGUGUAUAUUUCAGCCUGUUCCAGGUGAGGAUGAGGAGAUACCCGCCACAGCGGAAGCAGACACACCGCGGAUGCCCAGCAUGGUGGCAAAGAAGCCCCUGAGGGACUUCAUUGGGUUGGAGGAUUGUGAAAAGGCGACACGAGAUGCUUUACUUAACUUCAGCUUCUACCUCACUGUAGGAGACAUGGAUGAGGCCUUCAAAUCAAUAAAGCUCAUUAAAAGUGAAACAGUCUGGGAAAACAUGGCACGUAUGUGCGUCAAGACAAGACGACUCGAUGUUGCCAAAGUGUGCCUGGGAAAAAUGGGCCACGCCAGAGGAGCCAAGGCAUUGCGAGAAGCAGAGCAGGAGCCGGAGAUAGAGGCCAGAGUGGCUAUGUUAGCCAUACAGCUGGGCAUGCUGGAAGAUGCAGAACAGCUGUAUAAAAGCUGCAGGCGCUACGAUCUUCUAAAUAACCUCUACCAGGCUUGGGGCCAGUGGCAGAAGGCCAUUGAGACCGCGGAGAGCCAUGACCGAAUGCACCUCCGCACUACCUACUAUCACUAUGCCAAGCACAUGGAGGCUACUGGAGACCGUAGUGUAUCUCUCAUGCAUUAUGAGAAGUCAGACACCCACCGUUUCGAGGUUCCAAGGAUGCUCCACGAUGACCCACAGGCCUUAGAAAACUACAUUAAUACGAAGAAGGAUAAAAGUCUCUGGAAGUGGUGGGCUCAGUUCCUGGAAAGCCGCUCAGACAUGGACUCUGCUCUCAAGUACUACGAGUUGGCUCAGGAUUACCUGUCCUUGGUGCGAGUGCAUUGCUUCCUGAGGAACAUUCAGAAGGCUGCAGAGAUAGCCAAUGAGACGGGUAACUUGGCAGCUUCCUACCACCUGGCACGUCAUUAUGAAACCCAAGGGGAUCUGAAGCAGGCAGUGCACUUCUACACCAGAGCACAGGCAUAUAACAACGCCAUCAGGCUGUGCAAGGAGAAUAACCUGGAUGACCAGCUCAUGAACCUGGCAUUGCUGAGCACCCCGGAGGACAUGAUGGGAGCAGCUCGCUAUUAUGAAGAGAAGGGGGAGCAGAUGGAUAGAGCAGUCAUGCUUUACCACAAGUCCGGACACCUCUCUAAAGCCCUGGAGUUGGCAUUUGCCACUGAGCAGUUUGGGGCUCUUCAGUUAAUCGCUGAGGACUUGGAUGAGAAGUCAGACACAGCCCUACUCGCCCGUUGCUCAGAUUUCUUCAUCCAGCAUAACCAGUAUGCCAAGGCCGUGGAGUUACUACUAGCUGCUAAAAAGUACUACGAUGCUCUUCAGCUAUGCCUGGAGCAGAACCUCAUAAUCACAGAAGACAUGGCGGAAAAGAUGACUGUGUCGAAAAACUCCAAAGAGCUUAGUGAGGAAGCCAGACGGGAGCUGCUGGAGCGAAUCGCAGACUGCUGCAUGCGGCAAGGCAAUUAUCACCUUGCAACUAAGAAAUACACCCAGGCUGGAAACAAACUGAAGGCCAUGAGGUCAUUGCUAAAGUCAGGUGACACUGAGAAGAUUGUGUUCUUUGCUGGAGUGUCCCGACAGAAGGAAAUCUACAUCAUGGCAGCCAAUUAUCUGCAGUCCCUGGACUGGCGCCACGAUCCCAACAUCAUCAAUAACAUUAUCACCUUCUACACUAAGGGACGGGCCCUUGACCUUUUAGCUGGUUUCUACGAUGCCUGCGCUCAGGUGGAGAUUGACGAGUAUCAGAAUUAUGAGAAGGCAAUAGGGGCACUGACGGAGGCUUACAAGUGUUUGAGCAAAGCCAAGAUGCGGAGCCCUGAGGAACAAGAAAGAAAGCUGUCUGACAUGCAGAACAAGAUAACGCUGGUCAAGCGGUUUGUCCAGGCACGCAGAUCUUACUCCGUGGACAAGCAAGAAGCAAUCAGACAAUGUGAGCAGCUGCUGGAAGAACCAGACUUGGAAAGUGCUGUCCGCAUCGGGGAUGUGUAUGCAUUUCUGGUGGAUCAUUAUACACAGCAGGAAGACUUUCAGAAGGCGUACCGCUUUCUAGAGGAAAUGAGAUCCAAGAUGCCCUCAGUCAACCUAAGCUAUUACGUACCGCAGAGCACAGUGGAGACGGUGUACCGGGCCCUCUCCAUCCCACACAGCCAGCAACCUGUGUCUGAGCAUGUGCGGCACAAUAGCAUGGAAGACAGCGAGGAGGUGGAAGAAGCACCCGAUAUAGAGUACAAUGGUUAACCAUUCCUGCAUCAUUGGUUCCUAUCAUUGGCUCAUGUUGACUACCCUAUUCCAGCAUGGAGAUGUACUGUAAAUAGCAGUUGUAAAUGAGCUGCAUCAUUACACAACCAUAACGUACAUCACGUUUAUGUGUGCCUAGCCUUCUGGCACCAAUCAAGCUUCUUGUCUCUGACCUUUAUCCCGUCACUUGGGCCUUUGGUCAAAGAGACUAUAAGUGAUUGAUAAAGGGUAUUGGAUCAGUUCUAUCCAGCAUACAAUGGCACAUAUCCCUCUGCAAUCUAAGCGGCCUUUUUCUAGUGAAGUCCCCAGUGCGGCUCCUUACCCUGAUUGUGUAAAGUCAGGCAGCAUUGCUCACAGACACCAGGGACGAGCUUACCUAUGGAACCAGUGACAGACAGUUUAUGAUGCCCUGAUAUUAACAUAAAGCAAUGGGAUCAGGGCAUAAUGUCAUGUAAUGUGAUAAGAAGCAGGUGCAGCAAAGUGUAACUUCUACUUCCAGAGCACAUCCAACGUCAGCCUAGAUGGUGGGCAUUGUACUCCAGAGGCCACCAUACAGCCAAAGUCAGACAAGCGUGUAGCGUCACAGCACUGUUGGAAACGGAUGAAACCGUCGGCCAACUCUCACUUUUUAUAUAAUAGUUACAGCAAAGGGAGAAACUGGGGAAAUGAUUUUGUUUUUCUAAAAAAGUUAAAUUAUUUUUUAUUGUCUGUUUAUACAUGUAUGUAUAUAUAAAAGAUUUUAUUGACUGA